UUGACAAACAGGAUGGCUGAAAUCGUUCACUCUGUGAUCAGACUGCUGCUGCUAUGUUUGUUCAGAACUAGUGUAAAGGGAGAAGGUGGUCAGAUUUUAGCUGAACAGAGUAAUGGUAUCACUUAUCCAUGUGGACAAAAUGUGGUCUGCUUUCAUAUUUGGCAGUACAGCACAGAGGGAACACCUGAUUACAUUGCUAUAGUCAGUAAUGGAGAGAUCAAGACAUCUCCAGCAUUAGAGGAUGAGGCUUCACAAUGCACUCUGCAAAUCAAAGAAAUCACGGAGGAGGAUGUUGGACGUCAUCACUGCAGACGGAGGCCACUUUCCUCCAGUCCUUACACUGACUUCCCAACUAAUCCACAGUUAAACCUCAUGCCUGGUAAAACAGUGACCCUGCAGUGUAUCCUCCUCGCCUCCUUACAGCAGGGACACUGCUACAUGCAGCUACAACAACUGGUCAGCCUAACGUGGGUGGAUGAAAGCGGGGCUGUGAUACAGGAGGACUCAAAGCAGCACAUAAAUCAGAAGUCUGCUUGUGAUGUAACUCUGACUGUCAGCUUUCAAAGUCCGCAAAAAAAGAAGUACAGGUGCCAGGCGACUGUGCAGGAUCAAUUCCUGACCUCAGUGGAGUUUCAUGUGAGAUUCAGAGGUCUUAAAGGAAAGGGAAGAUUCAUGAAGGAACAAGAACCUGAAAAUCAAGGUGGCAACCAGGACACAGUCGGCCUUGCUGUGGGGUUAGUGGGAUGUGCAGUUCUGUCAGCUGUAGCUGCAGUGUUUGUCGUCAACAUAAGAAGAAGGAGAAAGACCCAGCCACUGCCAAAAGAGUCAUGUCACACAACUGACAACAACAAUGUUUUGAAUGCAGGUGAUGUGAUCUACACUGAAAUUAUGCUACCUGCUGGAUCUGACCCAGUUUUGGUCCAUGAGUACGAGUCCACCGAGUAUGCUUGUGUCCGAUAUAAAUAGAGCAGCUGUCCAAUUCCUAAAUUGGUCUGUGUACUGCCUUUGUCUGUUUCCUUUAGCUGAGCUACUGCCAUCUAUAAUAAUACUGUGAUAAUAUGCCAUGCAAAAUCACAACUGUAGCUGUAAUUGGCACUUAAGUCCUAACUUGACAGGUAUGUUAAUAUGAUUUAGGCAUUAUGAAUCACAAGUUAAAAUGCGAAAACAUUUUUCAAUAGUCUACCUCUGUACAUUAUACUCACAUUCUGCUGCACACCGGUCAUAUUUAUGAUCAAAACAUAGGAUGUAUUUACUGAAAUCUGCAUUAGCUCUAUUGUUUGUUUGUUUGUUUUUUUCCUUCUCUUUUAUCUGUGAUCAGGUCUGUGCAAAUCAGAAGAUGAGAAACGUGUCUUUAAUAUCUGCAGUACUCUAAUAAAACAUAUCUAACUGAA